AUGGCCGAAGUCCACACCUACGAGUUCAACGUCAGCAUGAGCUGCGGCGGCUGCUCCGGCGCCAUCGACCGCGUCCUCAAGAAGCUCGACGGAGUUGAGAGCUACGAAGUCUCCCUCGAGAACCAGAGCGCCAAGGUCGUCACCGGCCUACCCUACGAGACGGUCCUCGAGAAGAUUGCCAAGACGGGCAAGAAGAUCAACUCGGCCAAGGCCGACGGCGUCGACAAGCCGGUGGCCGUGCCCGCUGCUGCGUGA